CAAAAAAAAAAAAAUUGUCUGGAAAUCAAAGCAAACACUGGCCAUAACCGCAGCAUCGGCAGCCGCCGGACGGAAGCAGCUCUAGGAAGGGGAGGCAUACGCCAUUCUGCGAGCUCAAGGCAAGAAAUGGGCGCGCUCUGCCUUCUCUGCCCGUGCCCAUCCACGCCGCCGCCCUGCCCAUGCGGCACCCGCGCGACCGCGCCUUCCCCUUUCUUCUCCUGUGCCCCCACCGCUGCCGCCACAAGGCUGCAGCUCUGCGGCAGGAGCCAGAGGCGCGCCGGCGUGGCGCGUGUAGGUGGCGGCGGCGGGGGCAAAGGGGAGAGUGGCAAGACCGGCGCGGCGGCGUUCUUUGAUGAGGAUGGGGUGGUGGACGACAUGGAUGGGUACCUCAACUACCUGUCUCUCGAGUACGACUCUGUUUGGGACACCAAGCCUGCCUGGUGUCAGCCUUGGACAAUAUUGCUUACGGGAACUGUUGUAGUCGCCUGUAGUUGGGUGCUUAUUCAAUCUGCUGUAAUUACUGCUGGAGUUUCUUUUGUAAUAUGUGCAUGGUGGUACAUAUUUCUCUACUCCUACCCUAAGGCAUACACCGAGAUGAUAGCAGAGAGAAGAAGAAAGGUAGCAAGUGGAGCUGAAGAUACCUACGGGAUGGAGAAAAUCCAGUGAGGAUCUCCGGCAGCGCUGCUUGUAGAGUACAGUACUCUGUUGUGUCUUGCAUUUUCUUGCUCAGAGUGAUAGUUAGAAUUGACCGCAGGCUGUGGCACUUAGCACGAUUUGUCUGUAAAAAAUGUAUUCCCCAGAAAUUGCAACAAUGAAUCAUGCUGCUUGCUUUGUUCAUAACUUCA